UCUCUUUCCGUCGCCGCUUCUUGCCCUGUCGCCGAACCGCUCGCCGGCGUUCCGCCGGAACAGCUCGACGUCCACCUUGCGAACUCGGCGGCCUAGCAUGGGGAAGUAGCGUACGAGGCGAGAGGCCUGAGGCUAAUGGAAGAAGUUAUGGGCACGGCGAACAGCGGCGGCGGCAGCGGCGGAGGUGAAGGGGACGGCGAGCGGACGGGACGGUGGCGCGCUGAGGAGGUCAUCGCUGGCAACCACGCGGCCCUCGAGGCUCUCCGGGAGCUCGUGAUGUAUCCUCUCCUCUACGCCCGCGAGGCCCGCGUGCUCGGCCUCAAUUUUCCCAGAGGAUUGCUGCUCCAUGGCCCUUCCGGCACCGGAAAGAAAAGCAUGGUCCGAGCUGUUGUUCGAGAAUGCAAUGCCCACCUGACAAUGAUUGAUUCAAUUUCUGUGCAUAAACCCCACGCUGGUGAGGGGGAGAAGUUCUUGCGAGAGGCUUUUACUGAAGCAUACUCACAGGCAUCACAGGAUAGACCAGCGGUGAUAUUCAUUGAUGAACUUGAUGAAAUAUGUCCACCACGUGGCACUAGGAGGGAACAAGGGUCCCGCAUUGUUGGUCAGCUGCUGACUCUGAUGGAUGGAAACAAGAAGUCAUCGAAGAUGCUUCCCCACGUAGUUGUUGUUGCAUCAGCUACCAGGGUUGAUGCCAUCGAGCCAGCGCUGCGAAGGCCUGGACGUUUUGACUCAGAGAUAGAAGUUACUGUUCCUACAGCAGAAGAAAGGUUUGAGAUUCUUAAGCUUUAUACCAAAAAUCUACAUCUUGGUGAAUGUGUUGAUCUUCAAUAUGUUGCUGCAUCCUGCAAUGGUUAUGUUGGAGCUGAUUUACAAGCUUUAUGUCGAGAAGCUGCAAGACAUGCUUAUGGUAGAUUGUCGAAUUCAUCAGAGAGUGAGAAUGUGCUAACACUAAUCAUGGACGAUUGGGAGUCUGCUAAAUCUGUGGCCAAAAACAGUGUGACAAGAGGGGUAACUAAAGAAAUUCCAACUGUUUCAUGGGAUGAUAUAGGAGGUCUGAAAGAUGUUAAGAAAAAACUUCAGCAAGCAGUUGAAUGGCCCAUCAAACAUGCUGCUUCAUUUGAUAGGCUUGGAAUAUCACCUAUCCGUGGGGUGCUUUUGCAUGGUCCACCAGGGUGCUCGAAGACUACCCUUGCUAAAGCUGCUGCUUGUGCUGCCCAAGCUUCUUUCUUUUCUUUAAGUGGUGCUGAGUUAUACUCGAAAUAUGUUGGUGAAGGUGAAGCUUUGUUGCGACGUACAUUCCAGAUGGCGCGUCUUGCUUCUCCAAGCAUUAUAUUUUUUGAUGAGGUGGAUGCAAUUGCCCCUAAAAGAACCGGUCCCAGCGGGAAUUCUAGUGGCAAUGCCACAGUUGGAGAAAGACUCUUAUCAACUCUAUUGACAGAAAUGGAUGGUUUAGAACUGGCUACGGGAAUUAUUGUAUUGGCUGCUACUAAUCGUCCGAAUGCAAUCGAUGCUGCUCUUCUGCGCCCAGGGCGUUUUGAUAUGGUUUUGUAUGUACCACCACCAGAUGUGGAAGGUCGAUAUGACAUUUUACGCAUCCAUACACGCAAAAUGCCGUUGGGAGAGGAUGUGGAUCUUUGGAAGGUAGCAGAGCGUACCGAGCUUUUCACUGGUGCAGAUCUUGAAGGCCUAUGCAGGGAGGCUGGAAUGGCUGCCCUGCGGGAAUGUCUGCGGUCAGAAAGUUUUGCAUGUGAUGAUAUUCACUUCCAAGCCGCGCUAAGAUCCUUGCGUCCAUCGCUUACACAAUCAGUAGUUGACGAGUACUCAAAUGCUGCCAUCCAUGGUCCAUUGACGAAGAGAAAACAUUAAAAGAUGUAUUAUUCUGGCGCAUAAGCAUCAUUGUCGCUCAUUAUUAA